GAAGUAGCUUGAGCAGCAUCAACAUCCGGGCUCCCCCUCCCUCAGCUGGGCCAUGGCCAUCUUCAGCGUGUUCGUGGUGAACAAGGCGGGCGGGCUGGUCUACCAGCUGGAGCACUACGCCCCGCGCGCCGAGGCCGAGAAGACCUUCUCCUUCCCGCUCGAGCUCGUCCUCCGCCCGCACGACGAGCGCCUCCUCGUCGCCUUCGGGCAGCGCGACGGCAUCCGCGUGGGACAUGCAGUGCUGGCCAUCAACGGGGCAGAGGUGAGCGGGCGCUUCACGGCCGAUGGGAAGGACGUCCUGGAGUUCCUGGCCAACCCAGCCAACUACCCGGUCUCCAUCCGCUUUGGCCGCCCGCGCCUCUCCUCCAAUGAGAAGCUCAUGCUGGCCUCCAUGUUCCACUCGUUGUUUGCCAUCGGGUCCCAGCUCUCUCCAGAGCCCGGCAGCUCGGGCAUCGAGAUGCUGGAGACGGACACCUUCAAGCUCCACUGCUUCCAGACCCUGACAGGGAUCAAGUUUGUGGUGCUUGCUGACCCCAGGCAGUCAGGGAUAGAUGCCCUCCUGCGCAAGAUCUACGAGAUCUAUUCCGACUUUGCGCUGAAGAACCCUUUCUACUCUUUGGAGAUGCCGAUCAGGUGCGAGCUCUUUGACCAGAACCUGAAAUUAGCCCUUGAAGUAGCAGAGAAAGCAGGACCCUUUGGGCCAGGAUUAUAGGAUAUUUCUGUUGGACUUUCACCUGAUGGACUUUCCUGGGAAUCGCUGCCUCUUGGGACAGAGGUCAAGGCCCAGUUCUGGAGGCCUGAAACCACCAUUGUUGUGUUGAUGGGCCUUCAACCACAGGAGAGAGCAGCCGACUGGCGCCUCAGGAGCAGAAAAGGUGGCUGCACAACUUCUUAAAUAUGUACAUUCUAGAUGUAUAUGAUAUAUGUGUGUCUGUUAUAUUGUACUAUUAAUUUAAGACUGGAAUAUUAUGCCUUGUUUGUGGAAAUGAAGCAUUUUGCAAUGGA